AGCCGGGCAGGGGAGAGGCCUGCAAGCUGGCGCCUUUGCUGAGAUUGUCAUAAACCUUCCGCGCGUUUCACAGAGGGCCCACGGCGGGCUGUGAGCUCUGGAGGAAGCUAAAGGGGAAGAAGGCAUUUGGGGGGCCCUGGCCCUGAACUCACUUGUAGGCAUGGAAGGCCUCCAAGCCAGCGUGGAAAACCUCGAACUGUUUAAAAAUGCCCCCCCGGCACACAGAUGGAAGUGGAGGUCAUUAUCUUAAGUGAAGCCAGGCCCAGAAAGACAAGUAUCGCAUGUUCCCACUCCUAAGUGGGUGCUUAAGAAUGUGUUCACAUGGAUGUAGAAAGUGGAACGUCAGAUGAUGGAGACUCUGAAGGGUGAGGGGGUGAGUGCAGGGAGGAUAAAGAGAAUUGGUUAAUGGGUGCAAGGCACCUUCCCAGGUAAUGCAUACCCUAGAAGUCCUGACUUGAUCACUACGAAAUGUAUGCAUGUAACGAAAUUGCACAUAUACUCCAAAAAAUUGUGCAAAUAAAAAGAGGAAAAAAGUGCCCUCCUAACCUAAGUGGUAUCUUUUCCUUAAGUCAGUGAUCUGUGACACACUGCAAUUAUUCUUUAAUGUUUAUUUACAGCAACAAAGAUUUUUUAAUUAUCUGACCUCACUUAAGCAUUAAACAUUUUAUUUUUUGGGGAAAAAAGUACUGUGUGGAAGGAAAUUGUCACCCUUUGGCUCUUUUUAUUUAUUUAUUUUUUUGAGACAGAGGCUCGUUCUGUCACCCAGGCUGGAGUUUUUUUUUUUUUUUUUUUGAGACAUAGGCUCGCUGGGUCACCCAGGCUGGAGUGCAAUGGCGCAAUCUUGGCUCACUGUAACCUCCCCCUCCUGGGUUCAAGUGAUUCUCGAGCCUCAGCCUCCUGAGUAGCAGGGACUACAGAUGUGGGCCAUCACGUGCGGCUAAUUUUUGUAUUUUUAGUAGAGACAGGGUUUUGCCAUGUUGGCCAGGCUGGUCUAGAACUCCUGACCUCAGGUGAUCCACCCGCCCCGGCCUCCCAAAGUGCUGGGAUUAUAGGUGUGAGCCACCGUGACUGGCCUGACUUUAAACAUGUAAAAUUAUAAUAAAAAUAUAUCAAGUGGUUUCAAAACCUCUGAAAUUAUUUUUCAUGAAGUCUUUAGACUUGAUGGGAUCUAAUUUUUUGUAUGGCCUGCAGUGUUUCUCAAGUGGGUUUCCAUCAGCAACAAGGAUGGGGGCAUCACUGAGCCGUCUGGAUGCUGUGGGCAGUUAAGUCUUUGCAUACCAGGAGUGCCAGACGGUUGGGGCUCAGUUUUCUCAUGGAAUGGCCGAGGUCUGCCCUAGAGGUUUGUGAAAUGUCUGUGGACAAGCGCAAAUGAAUAGCCAGCUGUGAAAAAUCACAGUUGAUGCUUUUGAAAAUUGUUGCAGCUGCUAACUCCCGUUUUUUUUAAGCUUUACCGAAGUAUGCUUUACAUACCAUAAAAUUAUACACAUUUUAAGUGUAUAUAAUUCAUUAAGUUUUGCUAAGUGUGACCAUCAUACACACAGUUCAGUCCUAGAACACUUCUAUCCUCCUGCAGAGGUGCCCCAUGCUCAUUAGCUUCACAUUUUACCCCAUUUUCACCCCUGCCCCAGGGAACCAGGAAUCUUUUCUGUUUCUAUGAAUUUGCCUUGUUGGGACAUUGCAUGUAAAUGUCAUCCUACAAUAUGGGGUGUUUUGUGUCUGGCUGCUUUCACUUAGCAUGAUUUUCUUGAGGCUCACCAUGUGGUAGAGUGUCAGUAUUUCAUUUCUCUCGUCAUUCAUUUUGUAUUCCUGGCACCCCGCCGGGGCCUGGCGCCUAGCAGGUGCUCAGAAGUGGUGAGGAAUCUUACAUGGAGAUCAGAUGUCCUUCCAGGACAGGGGCAGCUAUCCACCAAAGGAAUCCCGGUCAUCCCUGGAGCUGCUGUGGACUAGGUGCUGAUUCUCUGCCAUAGACUUUUGAACUUAAAAGCAAAGGGCUGUAAUGAAGCCUCACAAAUGUGGAAUGUGGCUGGCCGAGGAUGCUGUCAUUGGCCUGUGGCUGGACGGGUUAUGAAUGAUGUGAUACCAUGAGGUGGUACCAUGAGGUGGCAUAGCAUCCAAAUGACAGUACAAAUUGGAAGUCUGGCUUCCUGGCUGGACUUACUGUGUAGUUUUCCCCUUGUUUCGUCCAUUGAAACCCCUGAUUUUUUUCCUUUGAGGAUUAUAGACCUUUCUUUUUCUUUCUAUACUUAAAAAUAAAAAAAGUUUGUUGUACUGUUAGGUGAACAUUUGAUUGGAAAUAAUAAAUUUACUUUUUUUUGUCCUUUUUUUGAGGCAGAAUCUUGCUCUGUCGCCCAGGCUGGAGUGCAGUGGCACGAUCUUGGCUCACCACAACCUCUGCCUCUCCGGUUCAAGCAAUUCUUGUGCUUCAGCCUCCUGAGUAGCUGGGACCACAGGCCACCACGCCUGCCACCCGUGGGACACGGUCAUCCAGGCGGCCAUGCGCAAGUACCCGAACCCGAUGAACCCGAGCGUGCUGGGCGUGGAUGUGCUGCAGCGCCGCGUGGACGGCCGCGGCCGCCUGCACAGCCUGCGCCUGCUCAGCACCGAGUGGGGGCUGCCCGGCCUCGUGAGAGCGAUUUUGGGAACCAGUAGGACUUUGACAUACAUCCGAGAACAUUCUGUGGUGGAUCCCGUGGAAAAGAAAAUGGAACUUUGUUCUACCAAUAUCACACUCACAAAUUUGGUGUCAGUUAAUGAGAGGUUGGUGUACACACCUCAUCCAGAGAACCCAGAAAUGACCGUGCUCACACAAGAAGCCAGCAUCACUGUGAAGGGGAUUAGCCUCGGUAGUUAUUUGGAAAGUUUAAUGGCCAAUACGAUAUCAUCCAAUGCAAAGAAGGGGUGGGCCGCUAUCGAGUGGAUAAUUGAACACUCUGAAAGCGCUGUGAGCUAAGGAGGCCUGUGCCUGCGCCUGUGAUAAAUGGUGAUGCUUCCCAGAAGAAAGAAGGUGAGGAGGUGAGGAGAGGACGAGCAAGGACGGGACGGAAGAGCGCGUCUGGCUGCGAGGGCACACAGGGCCAGGGAGGAGGAUUAGGCUGGACUCAUCGCGGGUGGCAAGUGACCCUGGGACCAGACGUCCCUCCCCUCUUGAGUGUGCAACAAGGAGCAGCCCCAGCCAGCCCCACCGCCGCCGUCUGCGUGGAUGGAGGGCGCGAGGCCCUCGCCCUUGUCUCUUAGGGGCGGCGCCCAUCGUCCUGCCUGCCGCGGUGGCCCAGGCCCUUCUCUCCCCGCAGGUGGCCCGCGCUGCCCCCGCCCGCCCGCCUGCCCACGCUGCCCUCCACUCAGGGGCCUCCACAGACGCUGGCGGGUGUGCCGCCCUCCAGCCUCUCCGCCCCCCCACCCCGCCCCUGCCCCAGUCCCCUCUGUCCUGCAGAUCAGCAAGCAGCUCUCCUGGGCCCGCGGCUGCUCCGGGCCUCACAUCUCCUGCUGGCCUUGGCGGGCUCUGACUGCGGGGCUCACGGGGCCUGGGGUCAUGGCUUUCUUCUCAGCCCCCAAAUGCCUUUCCUGGAGUGGCUAAGCCUCUCCUGACGAGGCUUCUCAUGCAGGGAGAGGGCUGGGGUCCAGGGGUUUCCCGGCCCUUUCUGCAGGCUGUGCCAGCCCCCUCCAGCCUGCCACUGCCCCGCCCGGGGGACAUCCUGCGCCCAGGCUGGAGGCCCUGCCUCGCUGCUUGCCAGCCUCACCUGCUAGGGCUGGAGGCCAUGAAUCCCUCAUAGUAUCCAAGGUUUGAGUUCCUGUUUUUCUCCUUACAGUUUUGUGAGUGUUUGAGGGACAACGACCAAAGGUCUUUUUCCCACCAUCUUUAAAUCAAAGUUGUUUAAAACAACAUUAAUUUUAAAAAAAUACAUAAAAGCAACCCAUGCUUAUGGUUAAAAAAGAGUACAGGAGUCUGGAGUCCGUUGAAGGGUAAAGGCCUCCCGCAAGCUGCCAGUCGGCUCUUUUUCGCAAAGCCUUCCAGAAGUUUUCUGUGCUUAUGAAAGUAUAUGUGUGGCCUUUCUCUUCCCUUCUUUUAUUAAACACAGAUAGGCUCAUGCUGGAUAAA